UCAUAUCCUGAGAUUGACAUAAUAUCUUUCUUGGAAACAAAGAAAAACUUCACAUUUCUACACAAGUUAGGUGGAGGUAUUUUCCGAGACACUUUAUUUGGAAUUGAGGCAAUAAAUAAAGACGAACUCGCAAAAUCAACCCGCCAGGUUGAAUGUGGUUGCCUGCAAUGAUACAGACAUCAGAAUACUGGGGCAGGGAGGGGCAGGGGAGCGCCAGAGGGGGAGGGGGAACUAGAAUUCUCGUCCGUUUGGUCAUGGUUUCGUGUAGGUCGAGGUUGCGUGCCUAGACUUAAGACUGAGGGCGGUAAAGCGAGUUAGCGGUUCCUUCUUUGUUUUCUGGAACAAGUCUCAAGUUAAAGUGGGAUUUUGGUUUUAGUUGUCACUUUAAACAGAUCAGCCAAUUUUUUCUCGGAUUUGCUUCGUUGGUUCUUUUACUCUGCGCUUACAACUAGCGAGGUCACGUAUCGCAGCCAAACACAGAACUGGACGUUGGUGGUGGGGUUGUUUUUCGUCUGAAGGCAGUUUUACUGGAAAAUAUCAGGUGGACAUAAAAAGGCUCCACGGAAAAAACUCACUGGCGGACGCCACAGAGUAUUGACUGAGGUGCUUUCAAGACAAUUUAGCGGCAGAAAAAAGUUCUGUUCAUGUGAGAUGGAAGUCAAAUACUUGUUCUUUCUCCUACUUGUGUGUUUAGCAAAUUUUCAAGUUGUACUUGGUGUCCUGUCAAAAGUUACUGUUAAAGAAGGAGAAAAUGCGACCCUGCCUUGUAGUACUUCCUUCCAAGGAGGAAUCUUGUACAAAACGACCUGGUUUAAAGGAACACAAAAGCUCAUGGUUAUCCAAACUGCAAGAACCCCAGGCCUUCCACCUUCCAUUUACAAAUAUUCUCAGCGAAAAAAUCCGUAUUCCCUAGUUGGUCAACAAUCUCUUUGGUUAACUGGGGUCGAUCGACAUGAUCAUGGUAACUACUCUUGCACUGCCGUUUAUCUGCUGCAUAAUUUUGACUUCAAGAGCGUCAAAGAAGACGUCAUGCUGCUAGUGAAAGCCCAUCCCAUAAUUAGCACCACAAGUCCAUCGAUUCAAAAUAUUACCAAAUCGGAAAAAGCACAUGAUCUCAAGCUCCAUUGCAGCGUCAGUGCUUUUCCAAAGGCUGGCCCUACUUGGCAGAGAAUUGAUGGACAGCUUCCAAUCGACAGAACCAAUCAGGAACCCAAUGGCACGCUGUUGAUUAGGGAUGUGUCUGCAGAGGACAGUGGGACAUACAUCUGCGCCGCUUCCAACGAACUUGGAGAGGAUCAAGUGAACUUCACUGUCACCAUCUUUGAACAACCUAGAAUCUUUGGAAAGCGAAAAUUUCACGCCAAUGUCGGUGAGGCAGCCAAGUUGAUUUGCGUUUCUCGCGGAAAUCCUGCCCCGGCGUUCACGUGGUCCUGGAAUAAUGCUGAUAACAACACUAUUAUUAUCAGACAAGGCGAGGAAAUAAGCGGGUACAGCGUGACAACGUUACAUGGUAACACAACGAGCCAGAGCACUCUUGAGAUUGUGAAGGUCACGAAAGAAUCGUGGAUGAUCUAUACGUGUGAAGUGGUCAACGCUAUUGGAACAAGUACUGCUUAUAUCUCCCUUUCGGGAAAAACUCGUCCAGAAAGUCCAACUAUUCUGUCCGUUGAGACUAGUGUUACAGGUGCAGUGGUCACGUGGAAAUUUGGCGACGAUGGGGGCCUGGAGCUGACCGCUUUAAAACUCCAGUACAAGAAGGACUCUCAAAGUGACUGGCAGGAGAUUCAGAUCAAGCCGCCAAACAAAGUCAAGUACAUUAUCAUGGACCUCGAGCCCAACACCAACUAUAAGUUCCGUAUUCUAGCAACCAACAGCCUGGGUACCAGUCCUCCUAGUUCAAUUUAUCUUAAGACCACGAAAUCGGAAUCCAACACCAGUGCGCAUGCCAAGAAAGGUCUUGCCGCACUCACUGACAACAUGACAGUGCUGAUCGCGGCUGUCGUCGGAGGGUUUCUCGUCAUCAUUAUUGCAAUCAUUGGAGUGUUCUGUUUUGUCAGAAAAGUGCACAAGAACAGCACCCCGAGAAAUACACCAGUGAACAGCCGUCCAACAAGCCAACGGGAACAAGCUGAAAUGACCUCGUUAUUGACCCAUACCAUUCCAAAUAUACCCCUUCCUCAACCCCUCGUGGAACAGGGAGCCACGGCAAGCCAGUUAUCCAACAACCCCUGGGAAUUUCCACGUAACAGAGUUGACUUGCAAGUGGUUCUGGGAUCCGGCGCGUUUGGCCUGGUAAUGAAAGCUCAGGCGCAGGGCAUCAAGGGAUGCGUGGGUAAAAUGUAUGUCGCUGUAAAGAUUGUCAAAGAAAAUGACAGUGAAACAGCCAGGAGAGACCUCCUAGCAGAGUUAGAACUCCUUAAACUGAUCGAACCGCAUCCUAAUGUUAUCGGUUUAUUGGGAUGCUGUACCAGGACAGAACCGUUGAUGGUAAUAGUGGAAUUCUGCGCGUAUGGCGACCUUCAGAGUUAUCUCCGUCACUGUCGUGGAGUGGAAGACAAAUAUUAUGAAGACUUGUACAAAGUUCCCGCGGAUAAACUGGGCUCUAGGGAUCUCCUAUCGUUUGCCAUUCAGACUGCAAGAGGCAUGGCACAUCUGGCUGGCAUGAAGGUGGUUCACAGAGAUCUUGCCGCCAGGAAUGUUUUAAUUGACGAAAACAAAGUUUGUAAAGUCGCCGACUUCGGCUUCGCCAGGGACAUCUACGUAGAAGAUCAUUACACGAGGAAGACACAAGGUGGACGAUUUCCAAUCAAAUGGAUGGCCAUAGAAUCCCUUUUAGACGGAGUCUCCACAUCAAAAAGCGAUGUGUGGUCGUUCGGCAUCGUUCUGUGGGAAAUUGUUACAUUAGGUGCGUCUCCAUAUCCCGGCAUGAACUCCCAAGAGGUGAUCAACUUCCUGCAAGACAGCUACAGAAUGGACAAGCCAAAACACUGCUCUGAAGAACUGUACGUUCUCAUGUUGGAUUGUUGGCAAGUGGCCCCACAGCGAAGGCCAACAUUCCCUGAGCUGUCUCAGCACCUCAGUAAAAUGCUCAGUGACGAGAGGGAAUACAUCGACAUGCGAAUGUACGAGGAUCAUUUGUACAUUAAUUUCGACAAGACGUCGGGGACUAUGCCAUCGAAAUCAGGGAGCGCAAAUCCUCAUGAAUCAGCCAUGUGACAUAAAAAAGUAAUCAUCCACGACUUCCCUUCACCUGCGAAUUGACACUGAAAGAACCUUGCAUUCAUAAUGAGAGAGCUGAAGAACACUGCUUGGUUGUGACAGUUGUGAAGAAAACCUCAGCUUGUUACUCCAGGAAUCUCAGCCGCGCGAGUGCUUCGAGGACCGUCUUGGUAGACGCAGGGAAUUUCAAAAUGGCGCCAGCUAGCAUGCAAAGAAAAGGAAAAUGUAUCAUUUACACUUAUGGAAUCGAGAUUUUGUCUCGACUUCUAACUUUAUUAUAAGGACAACAAGAAACAUUUGAACACGUAAAUUCGUUCCCGUCGAAAUGUUUUGAAACAAACGCCAUCUUGACUGUCUACCAAAACGUUCCCAGGCAUCCUCGCGCACUGAGGUAGUGCCUAGUCUUCUCGUAGUUUCCAGAGUUGAGCAUUGGUGUUGGCGUUACAAUUGUAAAGCGGUGUGUUAAGACAACAGCAUGCUCCCGGAAUUGCGCCAAGGGAAUUAUGGACAAUGGAGCAUCGAAACGAACAGUAAAACAGAAUUUGUAAUUAUGCUUUCCUAGACGUAAAGCUGGAAUAUAUAGAAUGCAGAAAUGUUUAUUAUUUAAGAGGCUAAAAAAUUAUGUAGGGCAACGAAUCAAGAGAUAGAACAAAGGGAGAAACAUUAACGGAACGGUUAUGUUUGUCCGUUCUUUUUGUGUCAGCGUUCAAAAUGGCGCGAUGUUAGGUGUGUCACGUUUUAGUGACCAAACAUUGUUCUUGUUUAAACUUCAAGAAAUCUUAACUGACAAAAAAAAAAAUUAUGCUGGUUCACCUGCGUAAGUCAUUAAAUCUGUAUAAUUCCUUAGUAGAAAGUGUUUUGUCAAACCACUGUCAGAGAAACCUACCUGAACGAGCAAAGAGCACAAGGCAUUGAUGCUCGUUGUGAAAUCUUCUUUUCAUGAACAAUAAAGUCUAUGUAGAAUUAUAA